CGGUUUCCUCCUCGGUCAGUAAUCACUCCUCCAUGGGGAGGAGCUGUUUCUCAAACACGGGCUCUUCCAUCUUCAUGAGGCUGCUUACAGCCUGGCCCAUGGCGCAGUGACGACGUCUGUAACAGAGUCUCCAUCAGUGUGUCACUUUUUGUGUGUAAAAAAACAAGUGUGCCUCGCUGUAUUCGUGUGUGUACUGUCUCGACGGCAGCUGCGACGCCUCGGGGCCGAAAAUAAAGACUCAUUAUGUCUGAUGGGGACUAUGAUUACCUCAUCAAAUUCCUAGCCCUUGGUGACUCAGGCGUGGGAAAGACAAGCUUCCUCUUCCAGUACACAGAUGGCAAGUUUAACUCCAAGUUCAUCACAACAGUGGGGAUAGACUUCAGAGAAAAAAGAGUGAUCUACAAAUCAAGUACAGAGGGCUCUUCAGGGAGAGGACAGAAGAUCCACAUGCAGCUGUGGGACACUGCAGGACAGGAGAGGUUUCGGAGUUUGACCACUGCAUUCUUCAGGGAUGCAAUGGGUUUCCUCCUGUUGUUUGACCUCACAAAUGAGCAAAGUUUCCUCAAUGUCAGAAACUGGAUGAGUCAGUUACAGAUUCACGCAUACUGUGAAAAUCCAGAUGUCGUUCUUUGCGGCAACAAAUGUGAUUUAACAGAUCAGCGAGCGGUCAGAGAAGAAGAGGCUCGAGAGCUGGCAGAGAAAUAUGGAAUUCCAUACUUUGAGACAAGUGCUGCAAACGGGCAGAACGUGAACCAGGCUGUGGACGUCCUGCUAGACCUCAUCAUGAAGAGAAUGGAGCGAUGUGUCGACAAGUCCUGGAUCCCCGACGGAACAGUGAGAACGAACGGACCGAUUGACUCAGACAAUCUGGAGAACUCAGACAAGAGCAAAUGUGCAUGUUAGAAUUCUAAGGGUUGAUUUGAAGCCCAGUUUAGUCCUGACAGUGACAUCGAUCCUAAGACAGCCUGACCAACAGUGGCAGCGUUAAGUACGACUUUCUACACCAGAUUUUUAACAUUAGCAUGAGUCUCCUUUGUGUCUUCUGCACGUCUCGAACAGGAAUAUCAAUUUUCCCAAAACUAGACGUCAAACUAAUUUUCCACACGGCACUGUCUGAAAUUUUUUGACAAUAUAUUCAAAUCACAUGAGUCCUUUUGUUAGAAAAAUGCUAUUGUUGUUUUUUGCCUCUGUCUGGGCUAAAGCAAAGUGAGUGAACCUUCAUAUGACGAGACAGAGGCAUUAAAACAGCAGAAGACAAAAAACAUGCAUUAAAAAAAUCACUUUUAUCACAUGUAUCACUAUAAAUGCUUCGGUUUCAUAUUUUCUGAUAAGAGGUUAAACUUACUGCCACCAAUAUAAUAUUGUGUCACUGUCUUCAUUUACUCAUGGGCCAUGUAGUUCACACAAAAACCAAUUAAAACAAUCAGAGGUGAAGUUUGACUUUUAAACUUUUCCUGCAAUUUUUGAUAAGAAUUUAAUUUGAAUUAAUUAAUAAAUAAUUAAAGCAUCAUUGAGC